UGCGCAGUUGCGGCUGUCUGGGGCGGGCUGUCGGGGCGGAGGCGCUGGUCGGUUGAGGGAGUUCCCUCAGACUCUGUCUCGGUCGCUGUCACCGCCCGGUUUUCCGUCGCUCCAUGGUUCGCCGGUGAGACCGGCGGCCGGCAGUCGUCUCCUCGGAAUGGAGCACAUCCGGACGACCAAGGUUGAACAAGUAAAAUUACUUGACCGAUUCAGUACCAGCAACAAAUCAUUAACGGGAACACUGUAUCUUACAGCCACACAUCUAUUAUUUAUUGACUCUCAUCAAAAAGAAACCUGGAUAUUACAUCACCAUAUUGCCUCAGUGGAGAAACUUGCUUUGACUACUUCUGGAUGCCCACUUGUGAUUCAGUGCAAGAAUUUCAGGACUGUGCAUUUCAUUGUUCCCAGGGAAAGAGAUUGCCACGAUAUCUAUAACUCUCUACUGCAACUGUCAAAACAAGCAAAAUAUGAAGAUCUCUAUGCAUUUUCUUAUAAUCCUAAACAAAAUGAUUCAGAACGGCUACAAGGUUGGCACCUCAUUGACCUUGCUGAGGAAUAUAAGAGGAUGGGAGUGCCAAAUUCACACUGGCAGUUGUCUGAUGCCAACAGAGAAUACAAGAUUUGUGAAACUUACCCCAGGGAACUUUAUGUACCCUGGAUAGCAAGCAAACCAAUAAUUGUUGGGAGUUCCAAGUUCCGGAGCAAGGGAAGAUUCCCAGUUCUUUCCUACUAUCAUCAAGACAAAAAGGCUGCCAUAUGUCGAUGCAGUCAGCCACUGUCAGGAUUCAGUGCCCGGUGUCUGGAAGAUGAACAUUUGCUUCAAGCCAUUAGUAAAGCCAACCCAGUCAAUCGUUACAUGUACGUUGUGGAUACCAGGCCCAAACAUCGCAUGCAGAGCUGGUGGGAUACACAAAAGGACAUUGGCAGAAUUAUAGUGAGGAUUUCUUCAAAAAUCUGGAAUGAUGAGAAAAUAAGAGAAAGCGAUGAGAAAAAGCGACUGAAUGCAAUAGCCAACAGAGCAGCUGGAAAAGGUUAUGAAAAUGAAGACAACUAUUCUAAUAUUAGAUUUCAGUUUGUUGGAAUAGAAAAUAUUCAUGUAAUGAGAUCCAGCCUUCAGAAAUUGUUGGAAGUGAAUGGUACCAAAGGGCUCUCUGUCAAUGAUUUCUAUUCUGGUUUGGAGAGCUCGGGAUGGCUUCGCCAUAUCAAGGCUGUUAUGGAUGCUGCAAUCUUCUUAGCCAAAGCAAUAGUGCUUGAAAAUGCAAGUGUGUUGGUACAUUGCUCAGACGGUUGGGAUAGGACCUCCCAAGUCUGUUCCCUUGGUUCACUUUUAUUGGACUCCUACUACAGGACAAUUAAAGGAUUCAUGGUUUUAAUAGAAAAAGAUUGGAUCUCAUUUGGACAUAAAUUUUCAGAGAGGUGUGGCCACUUGGACGGUGACCCAAAGGAAGCCUCACCAGUGUUUACUCAGUUCUUGGAAUGUGUGUGGCAUUUGACAGAACAGUUCCCACAAGCUUUUGAAUUCAAUGAAGAAUUUCUUCUUCAGAUUCAUGAACAUAUUCAUUCAUGUCAAUUUGGGAACUUCCUUGGAAAUUGUCAGAAGGAAAGAGAGGAACUCAAAUUGAAGGAGAAGACUCACUCCCUGUGGCCAUUUCUUUUGGAUAACCAAAAGAAAUACUUAAAUCCUCUGUACAAUUCCAAGUCUCAGAAAUUUACAGUUCUGGAGCCAAAUACAGUCUCUUUCAAUUUUAAGUUUUGGAGAAACAUGUAUCACCAGUUUGACCGAACAUUGCAUCCUAGGCAGUCUGUAUUCAAUAUAAUUCUGAAUAUGAAUGAACAAAAUAAACAAUUAGAGGAAGACAUUGAAGAUCUAGAAUCUAAAAUCAAGCAACGAAAAAAUAAGCAAACGGAUGACAUCAUCCCUAAAGAAUUGUUACAUUCAGUUCAUCCUGAAUCACCUCCCCUCAAAACCUCCCUGUGUCUUAAAGAGCAGACUCUGCUGCCUGUGAGUGAUGCACUUCGAACCAUAGAGGGCAGCAGUCCCGCGGAUAAUCGCUACAGUGACUACGCCGAGGAGUUUUCCAAGUCAGAACCUACUGUGGUCAGCUUAGAGUAUGGCGUGGCAAGAAUGACUUGUUAGUCCUGCACUGACUAUAGUGCAGGAGGCAGGUGAUGGUGAAGAUGGUCUCUGCAAAUGGCCAAAGGGAUUCAAGUAAUAAUGACCUUGGGGGUUAGCAGUAGGUAAAUAAUUGAAGACAGAAUAAUAACUGUCCUUGUUGUGAGAGAAAGAAGUCAGGUUUGAUUACAUCUCUUUAGCAAGGAGAAUGACCAUCAGUUCUGUAAGAAAUGAGUGUUAUUUGGCAAGUUUCCUCAAAACGCAAUUUGCACAGUACACUAGAUGACAUUUCUGUGUUAAUUAUAGCCAAACAUGAAUAGCUUUCCUUAAGUAUAUUUUAACUUUUAGAAAGCAAACCAGACAAAAUGAUCCCUAUCUAAUUAUUGUCAUGGCAUGUACUUCUAAUUAUGUGACUGUGUAACUGAAUAGUGACAUGUUUUGCCUUUUAGUGAUGUGAAUUUUGAAGUGCCACGAAAAAUAUUUCUAAAGAGGGCCUUAAAAUAAAUUCUCAGUGUAUUCUUUACCCUUCAGUUUGAAAACCUACUAGAAGAUAUUUUGUUACUCUUCUGGGCAGCCUUAUUUUGUGGGUGCAGAAUUAACACUGUCAUUACUUCAGGGGCCACACAUUGCGUUCUCUGGCAUCCACAGUUGCACAAGUUGUACAUUUAUUUAACCCCACUUCCAGAUUCAAAGGAACGAAAUGGAAGGUUUUGUUGGAUUGUAAUUGGCUUGAUGGUUUAUUUACAGCUUAGAUUAUUGACACAUAUAAGCACACUGAUUUUUAAAAUAUAGAUUACUGCAUCCUAUUGACUCAUUUUGUGGUUGUCUUUAAUCUUUUAAUAAUGGUGUAGGUAUGAAGAGCUCUUAAGCUUUUUGUUCCUGAAACAGUGAAUAGUACAUACAUGUAUUUUUAUUUAAAUGCCCUUUAUCUCCCAAUAUAUUGGUAGUCUUCCCACAUUGAGCUUUUGGUAUGCCGAAAAACUUUUAAGUAAAAAGGGAAGUACAGAUAGUUCCAAUUUUGCUUAGUUGCAUAAAUCUUGAAGCAGUAAUUUUUAAGUGGAACAUUUUUGUUUCUUCUCUGUUAAAUAUAGAAGGAAAACUAAGGAGAGCCUAGUUAGUUUAACAAAAGCAGCUUGGGAAGGGUUUAAUUUCACCUUGAUAUUUUCACACUCUUUACUAAUCCAUAUCUUUAUAUUAACAGUAAAGAAGUCAAUUGGCAUUAGCAGUAUUACCCAGCUAACUUUACAACUCAAGAGUUUGGGCAUUGUGGCUGUACAAUUCAAGAAACUCUGAAAUCUGCUCAGAUUGCUCAAGUGACUCUUUAUUCCACCCAUAUCUGUUAUAGUAGUUUUGACCAUACCCAGCGUUUCCAUAUGAAUGCAGCCAAUGUUAUAUGUGACCUUCUCUAAUUUGUUUAUUUUUUCAGCUCAUUUCUAUAAUACCUUAUGUAAUAAGGAAACAAUUCUGCUUCUUAAACUGUAACAGAAAUGUGCUAUAAAAUAUAGUAAGCAAAUAACAAAUCUUAUUUCCUAGAAAAGGAAUAACCACAAAGGGAAGCUUUCGUGCCUUGGUUCUAGUCACAUUGUGUUUUAGAAUCUUCAUGGCAGACUUCUUGUAUUCAGCUCAUCAGUUACCUUAAUCUUCAACUUUAGACAUAUAUUUAUGUGUUUACAUGCCCACACGUGGACUGAAAAAUCAGCAUCCUAAGUGACCUACAAGGUUUAUGUUGGCAAAAAGCAAUGUCUUAUAAAAUUGGAUUUGUGUUCAUUGUGUCUUGGAAUGUAUAGCAUGUAAAUUAUUUCAUGUAUUAUUUAAAAGCAAUUAAAUGUUCAUGUUUCA